AUGUCAGACAUCCAGCAGUUCUUGCUGGACUAUGACCGGAAUAAGCGUGAGGCGAGCCAGGUGGCACAGAAGAGUGCAACGCGAUUGGCCGAUGGCGACUUGAAGCUGUUGAUGCUCAUUGAAGAGCUUGGUGAGUACUUCAACAGUGAGGAUGGCGCGGUUCGGUCGAAAGCUAUGGCCUACCUCGCGGAGGUGCUUGGUUUCGUCCCGCCGAAAGUGCUGUCGUUGCAGCAGCGAAACCUUCUCUGCGACUUCAUCCUUUCCCGCACCGAAGACGGCGAAGGCAUAGGCUCAUGCGCGAAAGCCUUAUUAGCGCUCGAGGAGCGUGGGAAGUGGGACAACGGGCGGGUACAGGACAUUAUGGAAACACUUCUUGCGAACACCAGCCCACUCCGCCAGUACAAGCAGCAAAGCGAACGAUACCCCGUGCUACGCCUCAUAGACGCACUGCUGGCGAGAUAUAGAGAUGCAUUGCGAACCCUGCAUGAUUCGAAGCCCGAUUUCCUUUCGCGGUUCAUUGCAUACUUCGACGGUGAGAAGGAUCCCCGGAAUCUGAUGGUUGUGUUCUCCAUACUGCGCGUACCUAUGACGGAGUGGGAUGUUGGAGCGGAUGCUCAGGAUCUGUUCGAUGCGGUCUUCAAUUACUUCCCCAUCACGUUCCGACCUCCACCGGACGAUCCGUACGGUAUCACGGCCCAGGACUUGAAGGAUAGACUAAGAGAGUGCAUUUCGUCGACCGCGGAUUUCGCGCCCUAUGCUUUCCCGGCCCUGCUGGACAAGCUGGACUCGACGUCCAUGAACACGAAGCGCGAUGUCCUCCACACUAUCAUUUCGUCUGUCAAGGAAUACGGCCCGCGGACUGUUUCACUUUACUCGAUCACGCUAUGGGACGCGCUAAAAUUUGAGAUCUUGAACGUUCAAGAAGAAGAUUUAGCUGAGGAGGCAUUGGACGGACUGGCAGCAAUAGCUCAAACACUCUCCCAGGGCACAAACGGGCCACUAAAUGCGUAUCUUCGUCCUAUCAUCAAAGAAUGUAACGAGCAUUUGGAAGACGCUCCUACAAAGCAAUCUCAAGCAGCAGCCAGGAUACUGUCAAGAAUCGCUAAUGUCUCACCGGAUGUCACCAACCUUCUCCUGGCUGGGAUUCUACCGACCAUGUUCACCUUGUUCCAGAGCGCCGACAACAUGGCUAAGCGGAGAGGGCUAUUGGAGGUGCUGGUCCAGCUAAUCAAAGCUAAUAUCGAUGUGUACGGAGAUUGGCGGUCGACAGGGUCAGCCGGUGCAGCCGCGCCGAAUAACGCACUGUCGCAGUACCGCGAUCAAGCCCUAGAUAUUGUACUGCACGGCCUGGAGACUUCGCCUAUCAACAACGUUUCGUAUCGGUUGGUCUGCGCGGACGGCUUGCUUCAGCUAUCGAAAGUCAGAGAGCUUCUAAAUGAAGACGAUAUUGGAAAGAUAAUACAGCUACUACACGCCAUUGUCAUCCAUGAGGAGUCGUUCGGAAAGGAUGAGAUCAAGGAGAGUGCCAUAAACAGCCUGGUCGAAAUCGCACACCAGAAACCUCAGGUCGUUAUCGACAAAGCGUUCCCGGCUUUCAUGGCACAACUUCCAGACACAGACGAAGGCUCGAAGGGUCAUGUAGCCGUCUUGGAAGCUUUCGCAAAGUUAGCAAGCGAAGAGAAGGUUUUCGAUACAGUCAUUCUCCGACUGAAGAAUAAAUUCUCUGCUGCAGUCUCGCAGAACGCUUCGUCUGGGUACAUCGUGGCCCUUCUGUCAGCGAUUCUCUAUGCGCUCACCAAAGGCUCGAGCAAGCUCGAACAGGAUCCCAAUACCUCGACCUAUUACCAAGACAUCGUACUGCCGCUUUUGAAACGUACAUCUAGCACAGAUGGCUCUCACCCCGUAGCUUUCGACAACGAAACCACCCUCGACCUCGUCGGCAGAAUCUGCAACAUCGUCGUCCGGUCGCAAUCUGCAGAGAAGCAGGAAGAAAUUGCUUCAGAGCUUUAUACCCUCUUCAGGAACACACCGCAGGCCGAGCUUCCGCCUUUUAGCAUCAGCGCACCUCUCGAGACCCACAGAACUAUGAUUGUCUCUACCCACCUUCUUGCUUCAUUCCGUAAAGAGACUCGACUACCCUGCGAAAUCGAGCUCCUAGUCUCUUCGCUAGCGAACUACACUCAACAACCCGAUCUCUCCAUUUCCGUACGCUCCGUCUCUCUGCGCCAAUUGUCCCUCGUCAUCAACAAGUUCUAUUCAGCUGCCGCCCUGAAAACCUGCAUGGACCCGCUAAUGAAUGCUCCCUUCGAACUGUUCUCCCCGGAGAAACUUGAUCCGCCCAGGAUACGCAUCAUUUUUGCAUGCCUCAAGGGCAUCCUCCUUCGAAGCAGUCCCGUUCUAGCCAAGUUAUACCCGCAACUUCUAGGGUUCUUAUCGCACCAGAAAUACGGGACGGUUAUAGCUCACGGAUUUAGCACACUUCUUCAGCCUGACGAUCUUCUGACGAAACAAAACCAUUGCCAGAUUUCCGGACUUCACAAACAGAAGUCUUUUGCUUUACUGGUACCCAACAUCACACAAGCAUUCCGCGAUGCGUCAACCGAGACGAGACCUAAUUAUCUCAUCGCGCUCAGUGGUAUACUGAGAUGGCUACCCUUCGACAUUGUCAUCGAAGAAGUUCCCUCUCUGAUACUUUUGCUUCUCCAAUCACUCGACCUCAAAGGCGAGGACUUUGUUAAAGAGGCCGCGAUCGGCACGCUCGCCUCUACGCUUCGAGAAAAGCCAGAGGUCGUGCAAGAACACGCGGGGAGUCUGAUUUCGCGGUUGCUAGCGAACUCUGUGGUGAACAAGGAGUCGCCGUCACCAGCAAGAGUGCGCGCAGCCGCCUGCCGAUGUCUGAUGCUGGUGCCGGACAAGCUGAAGCUAGAGGUUGUAUUGCCAUACAGAAGGCAAGUAUGUAAGAAGUUGACGGCUGCUUUGGAUGAUGGGAAGAGAGAGGUUAGGAGCGCGGCUGUGAGGUGUCGGGCCAGGUGGCUGGAUGUAGAUGAGGCUGGGGAUGAUGAUUGA